AUGCUGCGCACCACCCACGUCUCAUGGGCCUCCACGGCCAAGGGGUACAUGAAUCGCGUCAUGGUGUACGCCCAUCGUCGUCGAAAGGCCCGCUACCUGGCUCCCAAAAACGCACAUGUACGGUCGCCGCUUGCGCACAAGGUGCCGGAGGAGUACGGAAACACCUGGGACCCCCGCAGCGGCGUCGAGUGGCACAACCGCAUGCGCAACCGCAACCAUUAUAGGCACUGGCCCUGGGCUCGGUGGACCGACGACCCGGUUCGCUUUCACCAGGACAGUGUUUGCCGCCGCACCGUGUCAGCCUCGAGCACCGCGGCAAACAAUGGAACACCGGAAUGGGAUUACUAUGCUGAGGUCGGUCAGGCGUACGAGACGCCGUCGCACUUUCCGCUCUCCUACACAGCCCCGUUCAUUUAUCAAUACACGGCUCGAUGCUGGUCGCGUGAGGAUCUGCAGUCGUACCUGGAGCGCAUUGAACAGAGCUCCAGCCUCCGCACCAUCGCCGACGCGGCGUCCAGGAGAGAGGCGCUGUACACGUGGUGGCACAGCGCUGGCAUGAACGUUAUCCCACUGGGUGUGCUGCAGCACCUGGAGCUGGUCUCGCGCGACAUUGUUGCCCAGAACGCGCGCAAGUCCUACCGCAACCAGCAGCACGAGCGCGGCAUUCUGCGCACACCAGAAAUGGAGCGAUACUACGCCCUGCCACACCUGCGCGGCCCCUCCAUGCCAGUGAAGCUCGCGCAGCCCUCUGGCAAGUAUCCAAGUGGCAAGUUCACGCAAAUGGUGGAAGAUGUGGCGAUUCACCCUCUGCAGAAGCCGGAUGCGCGAUAUAAGCACAAUAUGUACCCCGCAUGA